CCCACGGCGCUGUCCUGGGUGCUGAGCGCAAACCGUCGCCGCCCCCCCCGUCCUCCCGUUGCCAUAGCGACGGGCCGCUCCGCCAAGAUGGCGCCGCCGCCGUUACCGCCGCCGCCGCGGCCUCCCCAGCCCUCGCUCCGCCUGAGCGCCGAGCGGUACCUUCGGGCACACCCGGCUGUGGCGCUGCUGCUGAGGGGCUUCCUCAGGGAGGUGCUGCUCCAGCGGCCGGAUGAUGUCCUGGGGUUUGCUGCAGCGUAUUUCACACACCCGGAGCUGCCGAAACGGAUCCAGGAGGAGCUGGGGAGGGCCCGGGGAGCAGCGCCCUGAGCCCCCCCCUCCCCCGGACCUGGGCUCAGAGCUGCUCCUCCCUGCGUGCCGCCAGCCGCGCCUGGUGCUGCGCCAGCCAGUGCUUGUAGC